UGUAUAGUCUAGGCCGGGAGAAAAGUGAUACCACUAAUUUCUACAAUCCUUUUCAAAUAAGCGCAUCUCUCUCUUUUUCAUGUUUUUUCAUUUAUUUUUGUUUGUUUGUUUUUUUGAUAAUUUGCGAAGUUGCGUUCUCUUUUUUUGUGUAUGUUUUUGUUUUGAAUGAGACCGUUCCGGAUUUUACGACUUUGAUCGUAAGUAAAUAUGGCGGUUUUGGAGGCGACGAUAAAAAUAGAGGCGAUGGUUGAGAGGUGGUAGAGUUGAAUUUUAAAAAGACAAGAGACAUUCUGAAAUAUUUUUUGUUUUAAAGUAUCAUAUUUCUUAUAGACCGUUAGAUGUUAAAUUUUUUUAUUCCACAAUAAUAUACUGUUUUAUAAGCCUAGCUAAGCCAAAUAUAAUGUCAACAGAAUCUUCUAUAAAAGUUGGAGUAUGUGUUUCUCCACUGACUGAUGAAGACCGAGAUGGUAAUUUAAAGGAAAUAAUAACGACAGAGGAUUGUGAAGUUAAAGUAUGCAUGGGGGAAGGAAGAGGUCAAAAAUCUUAUGAAGUAGAUUUUGAGCCAUUUUAUUUUGGCACUGAUUCAUCAAAGGGUAUCCAGAGUUCCAUUACCAAGGUUUGCAGCUCCAUUGGUAAUGUUGUUCUUGACCAGGCCUAUGCAGGCUUUAACACCACUCUGUUUACUUAUGGUGCAAAAGCAACAGGCAAAUCAUCUAUGCUGUAUGGCAAAGCUAAGGAGGAUGGAAUUAUCACCUUUACGCUUAAAGGAUUGUUUCACAUGGCAGGUGAAUAUGAUAAGGAAACGUCAUUUAGAUGUGAAAUCAGCUUUUUUGAAAUUUGUGGUGAUAUGAUUACAGAUCUUAUUUCGAAGCGUGGCAAUAUAAAAUCACAGGAAGGGGUUUCAAAGCUUAAAGUGAAAGAGGAUGCAACAAGAGGAACUUAUGUUGAUAAACUUAGUCGUCAUAUUGUUACAGAUUACGACGAAGCAAAAGGAUUAUAUAACAAGGGACUUAAGAGCAGAAAUCGCCUGGCUGCACUUGAUCCAGAAUCGAAAGAAACAUCUCAUUCAAUAUUCAACAUAAUUUUCACACAGGCCAGAUUAAAGGAUGGUUUCCCUAUGGAGCUUAUCAGCAAAGUAAAUAUUAUCGAUCUUGCUAGUCGCGAUGGAUACAAGGGAAAUAUGAAUGGUAUCAACGAAAUGCUGAACGAUGAAGAUUCUUUAGAAUCUGAAGAAAAGCAAGGACCACUUGAAGUUUUAAAUGAGGUCAUCAGUGCACUAGCAGCACAGAAUUAUGGUUCGAUAAAUCCCAUGCGAAGUUAUGGGUCAAUCAACCCUAUGCGUAGCUAUGGAUCUAUAAAUGGAAAGUCUGGGAUCCCGUAUGAUGAGUCGAACUUGACGUUGUUAAUGAAAGAUGCACUGGGAGGGAACUGUGAAACCAUCAUGCUCUGCUGUGUAUCUGCAUGUGAAAAGUCGUUGCGUGAUACUUUGUGCACAUUGAAACAUGGUAACCUUGCUCGCCAUAUAAAGAAUAAACCAAUUUUAAAUGAGGAUCAGAAUGUUAAACUCAUUCGCGAAUUAAGGGAUGAAAUCGACAACUUAAAGAAAACUCAAACUGCGCCGUCCGCUGGCAAGCAGAAAGAUGUUCUACGUAAGCUAAAACGCGACCAAGAAUUGAUGAAUAGACUAACUGGUAUUUGGGAAGAGAAAUGGAGCAAAGCACAACAGAUGAUCGAAGACAAAUCUUUAAACGUUUCCGAUAUUGGCGGCGUUGGACUGAAGCUAGAAACAAAAGAACCUCAUUUUGUGAGUUUAGGUGGUGGACGACUUAGUGUUGGUAUCAGCAUUAUUCCUGUAAAUAAAGGUUUUACAAGAGUCGGAGCUGGUGGAGAUGGAAUUGAAGUGGAUUUGUUGAUACAAGGGAAAGGUAUUGCUAGUGAGCAUUGUCUUGUGGAAUAUGACGGAGAUGCUGUUGUUUUGCAUCCAAAGAAUGAACUUGUUUCCAUUGAUGGAAUCCCUCUAACUGAACCAACGAGACUACCACAAGGCUGCAUGAUAUGUCUUGGAAGGAAUAACUACUUUCGUUUCAAUCAUCCUCGAGAAGCAGCCAUGAUAAAGGAACAGUACAGUAACGCCAGAUUCUCAAUAGUUCCUGACGGCGUGUACCCAGAUAUUCAACUAGCCAUUGAACAACGGCGAAAAGAAACGCAAGAGAAGGAGACUUUACGUGCUGAAAACAAACGCUUAUUAGCGAUGGAGCAACAAUAUAUGCAAGCGCUCGAACGACUCGAAUUCGAGAAAGAUCAACUCGAACAUGAAAAGACGAAACUUCAGAUCUUACAACAACAGCAAGAAAACGUGGCCAAUCAAUUCGAUCGGAACGUGUCAAUCCAAAUCGAAGAGUUGAAACUGCAUAAACAGGAGGUUAAAAGACUGCAAAUCGAAAAGGAAAAAAUAGUAGCGAAAGAAAAAGAAAUAGAGGCGGCUGCCUCUAAAGCUGGGAAAGAAAGAGAAGAAAAAGAAGAACAACGAAAGAGUGAGCGAGACAGAAUUCUUUCAGAGCAAGCCUCAUUGGAUUUACAAGAGUUCGAAGCGUUGGAGAAAUCGUUAAAUAACAACAGCGGUGGAGGCCCGCGCAACAUUACAUCGAAGGCGAUGGAGUUGGAAUCGGACAAACAGCGACUUGCUUUGCUAGAGCUCGACCUCCUGACUGACGAUCUGGAGUACCAUGAUCAGUUUCAAAAACAACGUGAUGAACUCGAGAUCGAAAAAGUUCAUUUGGAGAACAUGGAAAAACAACACAAAGAACUUGAGAGAAAUCUAUCCGACCAGAUCGCAAGGUUGCAGAAAGAAAGAGAAGUCGAGCUAAUGAAGAUCGAAAAAGAAAAACAUAGAUUACAAGCUCUGGAUGAACAACAAACUGAAGCCAUUAAAUUGAUCGAACUUGAACGUUCAAAAUUAAUGUCUGCGAAGGAAACCGAACAACAAAAACUUGAAAAAGAACGAGAAGCUCUUCGAGAGGCUGAGAACGAGCGCAUGCGCGUUUUACAAAAGGCCGUAGACGAUCAAGAAAAAGAGCGCGAAAACAUUGAACGAGAAAAAAUGCGCUUGUUGGACCUCGAAGAAGAACAUAAACGUGCGUUGGAAGAGCUUCAAAAAGAUAUGGUAUCACAACAAGAAAAGCUCGAACGCGAGCGAAAACUCGAACUUGAAUAUAUCGAAACUGAACAGCUCAUGCUAGAAGAGUUAGAACAAAGACAGUUUGAAUCAGCAAGACAAAUCGAGUAUGAAACUCAGUUAAUACGACAUCAAGUGGAACAAGAGAAAGAGGAUGAGAAGAAAAGAUUUGAAGUUAACGAAAGAUACGUGUCCGAGUUAAAGAAACAGCAAGAACUGGCGUUAAAGCAAGCAGAAGAAGAGCGAAGAAAAAUGCAAAUCAAACGCGAAGAAGAGCAGCGACAAUUACGAGAAGAGCGAGAGAAGCUGGUUAAGCUUGAAGAUGAAUAUAAAGACUUUGUGAAGAAGCUUGAAAAAGAAAAAGAAGAACUAAGGAUCACUUUUCAAAAGGAGAAAGAAGAGGAGAUUGCAAAAAUGAAGGAGGAAUUCUCUUCUUUGAGUCAGUCAUCGUCACCUUCAUCGCCGGUUGGUCAAUCCAAGAUGUUCACGUCAGAUUUUGAUCCGAAUCUGUUGGUCAGAAAACACACGACUGAAAUUAAAAUGCAACAGAUCGAAGAAGAAAGACAUCGUUUGAGCGAGCUGAAGAAGCAGGCGGCAGAGAAAGCGGAGUUUGAGUGGCAGGAGAAGAAGCGCGAAGUUGAGCGACGCGAAACAGAAGAGAAAGAGAUCGAAACGAAAAAAGAACUGCUUGAGAAACUUAAACGAGAACAGGAAAUGAAAGCCGAGGAGGAGAGGAGGAAGAUUCAGGAGGAAACGGAAAAAAUGAAGCGACAUGAAGAAUUAUUAAAGCAACGAGAGAAGGAGCUUGCUGAACUUCACAAGGAGAGAGAGCGAAGAGAAGAGCUAGAACGAAUGUUGCAGAAUGAAAAAAACAACGAACACCUACUAGAGCAAACGUUGAACGAAGAAAAAGAGCGUUUGACCACGUUAGAAAAAAGCUUUGCGGAGGAGAGAUCGAAAAGGUUGGAGAUCGAAAGAAGGUUACACGAAGAAGAAACGCGAAACCGUUUGAUAAACGAAGAGAAGAAAAAGCCGCACGAUACUAGAAGUAACGGCACGCUCAGUACCGGUAACAAUGGAACGCUGAAACGAAGAGUUCCUUCCUAUACCCUAUCACUUCGGUCCGGUCAUUCGUCCGGAAACUCAGAAGAAAUCAACUUGCUUCACAAUAUCCAAGCUGCAGGUCACGUGGUCGAAAACUGUCCAAGCGUGAAAAUAAAUAGAUACUCGUGCCGAGGCUACCUUUUAAAAAUGGGAAAAUCUAAACUGAAAAUUUCCUGGAAAAAAAGGUGGUUUGUAUUCGACCGUAAACUAAGAGCACUAUGUUAUUAUCAAGACGAAAGGAAAACGAAAUCAAAAGGGAUUUUAUAUUUCCAAUCCAUCCAAGAAGUAUACGUAGAUUCGAGUAUUAAAAGAAGUCCAAAUCCUAAAACGACAUUUUGUGUGCGCACUCCGCAGAGGACGUAUGUGUUAUCCGCUUCUUCGCCUGUUGCUAUGAGUAUUUGGAUCGAUGUGGUAUGCACUGGGAAGGAGGGUGUUUUUUCAGCUAUGACCCUAUAGUUGUUAUAAUAUCUAACGGUUUCCACCGCUGAGAAUGAGUUUAGGAUUUGUUCGGAUGAAGUCGCGUACCUGAUCUAUCCACUCCACUCACUGAGUUGGUUGUGACGAAGACAAAAUUUGCUGAUGUAAGCAACAAUAUGUUAUUCAAAAAUUGACGAUAACGACAAUUUAGCUAUACGACCGCAGUAAUGAAAUUUGUUGUGUUCAUGGAAUACCAACUUAGUGCAAAGCAUCAUUAACGUAGCAAUCUCGCAAAGCAUAAUAACAUAUCCCAGAAUACAUUACAGUCCUCCCUUUCUUCACUUCUCAACUUUCAGCUGCAUCGGGAAAAGUGGAUAUUUUAUGUAGGCAAACGUUUAACCUGUAUCCUUCUUUAUCUGUUUUAUCAGUGGCUUUCGUUGCCGUAAGAUUGUGUGUAAUUUUCACGUUUUUACAAUUCCAAAAUAUUACCUGCGUAUAUGUCAUUUUGUCGCGUAAACUAAAUUUGUAAAACAUUACCUUAUUGGAAAAAACCCUGGUAAAAUUGAUUAAUUUUAAGGGUCGGUAACAAAAGUUAUCCUGGCUAGAAAUUUCCUCCCUUUUCUCAGUAACUAACGAAUUUUAAUAACUGCAGAAGAGUGGAAGGUAAUCUUUACCGGAAACUUAAUUUCAGCCGGGCAAGCGGCUGAUUCAAUGCAGUAGCGACUAAAAUUUUCCGACUAACGUUAAAAUACCGGUUUUUUUUCCAGAUAAGGUACUUCGCUUGUAUCGUGUAUCGUCCUUUGUCUAGCGGUAGUUAAAUAUAGAAAAAUUUAGCUUCGUUUACACUGUCGACGUAUAUUAGAUAUUUUUCAAAUUCUCAAUUUCUAUUUUCUAUAUCAGAAACAAUUUAUAUAAGUUUAUUUUUUUAUUUUAUUUUUGUAUAUAUUUAUUUUUUCCAUAUUGUUAGUGAAAUUAUUUUGUGCGAUAAAACCUUUGCUUGGACUGGGUUUAGAUUUUUGUUUGACUAGCCGGAACACCUGCACCUUCAAGGCGUUUUUCGAGACUUUAAUUUCACUUAACUCAUCAGUUCACAGAGCUCUUAUAACUCGAAAUAUCGGUCCGUUAAUUAAUCUGCCGUAAUACAAUCUUCGUUUCAUUUCACACCUUUUCUGAGUUUAUUUUCUUUGAUGUACCGCCUUAUAAAUUAUUUAUAAAAGAUAUUUAAAACCAUCACUUAAAACUUGAUGAACCUCGAAAUCAAGAAAAGAAAUUGCUAUAUAUUAGAUUAUUUCUUCUCAAGGUAAUUUUCGCGACCUUCGCGAUUUCUCGUUUUGACUAGAUCGUACUACUAUACAUAAAAUUUCGCAAAAUUUAAUCCACGUGGUAUUUAUCCGCUAAAAUGAGUCCUCGCGAAAUCAUGACGUUUGCAAAAAUAUAAGGUGCUAAAUUUUUUUGUUAUUUUUAAUUUCAGUUAUCUCGAAAACACGGGUAGCAGUUUCCCUAUAUUUCCCGAACUAUAGCCCCAGUUAAUGAAGUCGUGGGACCUGACAAUCGAUAGGAAGCUUGUAAUUUAGCAACUUUAAGAUGUAUUAAAAGAUGUAAAUUCAGUUUAUUUAUAUUGAAGAUACGACUUUUGUA